AUGACAAGUGAGACCCGCUGGUCAUUCUCUCUUUCUUCUCCCACCCUUUCUUUCUUCUAUCUAUCCACUGUUCCUCUCCAUAUCUACCGUGCGGGGAGGAGUCCCGCUGGGGCAGGGGCCGUGCCGGGACGAGCUCUCGCCGGGGAGGAGGCCGCGCCGGGGAGGGGCUGCUCCGGGAAGGAGGCUGCGCUGGGGACGGAGCCGCGCCUGGGAGGAGGCUGCAUCGGGGACGGAACCGCGCCUGGGAGGAGGCUGCGUCGGGGACGGAGCCGCGCCGAGGAGGAGGCUGCGCCGGGGACGGAGCCGCGCCUGAGCAGUGGCCGCGCCGGAGCAGGGGCCACGUCGGGGAGGAGGCCGCGCCGAAGCAGGUGUCGCGUCGGGGAGGAGGCCGCGCCGGAGCAGGGGCCGCGUCGGGGAGGAGGCUGCGCCGGAGUAGGGGCCGCGCAGGGGAGCAGCGGCCAUGGAGGGCGUCGCGAGCUGGGGGAGGGCGUCGCCGCGCUUCCGUGCGAGGGCGCGUGGGGAAACUGUCGCAACCGACGGAUGGGGGCUCGAAGGUGA